GCGCACGCCCCGUCCGGCACGCGUACACGCCGGGAAGGACCGCCGCGCGGGACGCCGUAGUCUGCCGAGGAGCGAGCGAAGUCCGCGGGAAGGAGCGGGUGCUCGCAGUUCUCCUCGCAGACCCCCGGACCCGCCUCCGAGAUGUCGUAUAUGCUCCCGCACUUGCACAACGGCUGGCAGGUGGAUCAGGCCAUUCUUUCGGAGGAGGACCGCGUGGUGGUCAUUCGCUUUGGACACGACUGGGACCCCACCUGCAUGAAGAUGGACGAGGUGCUCUACAGCAUAGCCGAGAAGGUUAAAAAUUUUGCAGUUAUUUAUCUUGUGGAUAUUACAGAAGUGCCUGACUUCAACAAAAUGUAUGAGUUAUACGAUCCGUGUACUGUCAUGUUUUUCUUCAGGAACAAGCACAUCAUGAUUGACCUGGGUACUGGUAACAACAACAAGAUCAACUGGGCCAUGGAAGACAAACAGGAAAUGAUAGACAUCAUCGAGACUGUGUACCGGGGCGCCCGGAAAGGUCGCGGCCUGGUCGUGUCUCCGAAGGACUACUCCACGAAGUACAGAUACUGAGCUCAGCCCAGCCUCCGUGCACAGAAAUGGUGUGCAGUCGUUUUCAUGUGGAAAUAUUGGAAAUUAUUUAAAGCCUUAGAGAAAGCGUUUGGAGGAGAAUACAAAGAUGAAGGGGUUGGAGGGUCUUUGCAGUAAGGGUUGUAUGGCCUCAACUCUCCGCCUGCCUGGCCGUUGUAUUUUUAUAUUAGCAAAUAUCUGUAAAUAUCUAGCCGAAAUAAAUACGCAGUAA